CGCUUCAUGGCAGCUGCUCAUGUCCUGGUCUUGGCGGUCUGUGGUCUGCGGGUGGCGCUGGCAACCGUCUACUUCCAGGAGGAAUUUCUAGACGGAGGUGAAGGGGCGAUGCCCGUGGUGCGGUGGGGGCGUAAGCUCCUCAGUUCCCCGCAGCUCAAGGGAUGGCCUGAGUCUCCUUUGGCCCUGGCGCGUCGCAGCGGAAUGGGUUGAGGCUAAGCCUCGAAGCUUCGAAGCCUCGAGGAGCCCUGUGACCCUCCCCAUGACCCAGAUUAACAGUUUUCAGCCCUAACUAGUGUUAUUUCAUUCUACAGAGCGCUGGAGGAACCGAUGGGUGCAAUCCACUAAUGACUCCCAAUUUGGGCAUUUUAGACUCUCGUCGGGGAAAUUUUAUGGCCAUAAAGAGAAAGACAAAGAUCACCCCGCUUUGUAGGCACUACGGAGACCCCAGGCCCCAGGAAAAAAGAGGAUACUUCUUAUUUUCACUUUCAGAAGAAAAAAAUCAAGGUAAAAUUUAGAUGUUGUCAAGUAUACAAAUCUUACAGGAUACAACAGGAUGAAUGUUUACAUCUGUACACACAGGUCAAACUAGGGAACAUUUUUCAGCCCCUCCUUCCUAAAGCCCCCCCCCCUUCUACCCCCAUCCUCUGAGUCAGUAGCCUCCUGGUGCCAAGGAUAACCUCUAUUCUGGCUUCUUCUUGUUCUUGAUGAUCGAAGGGGACAAACUACAGCUCAUCUACCAUUUUUUUUGUACAGCCAGCAAGCUGAGAAUGGUUUUUACAUUUUUUAAUUGUUGGAGGAACAUUGAAAGGGGAGUAGUAUUUCGUGACAUGUAGAAAUUAUACAAAAUUCAAUGAAAUAUAUGAAAUUUCAGUGUUUAUAAAGGAAAGUUUAAUGGAACACAGCUAUGCUUAUUUAUUUACAUAUCGUCUUUGGCUGCUUUCAUACUGCAAAGGCAGAAUUGAGUAGUUGGGACAGAGACCAAAUGGCUGACACAAAAAGUCUAAAAUACUCUCUCACAUUAUAGAAAAAGUUUGCCAACCUCUUAUUUAGAUGAAAAAUGUUCCUCUUUACCACCUCCCACUCAGCCUUUAUCUUGGCCCAGUGUUACCCUGUCCAGCAGCCUCUGGUUUUCAAUUGUAUGUCCAUUGCUUUAUAAGUUACAUGUUGACCCAAAGAGUUGGUCAAAAUUCAGGCUAUAUGACAAAUGGAUUAAAAACAAACAGGGGUUCCUGUUUGUUUGUCCAAGGGCAGGGGUUCCCACUUGUUUUUUUCUCCACAGUGUUUUUCCUUUCCCCAAGCUGGAAUCCUGAGAUUCUGUGCAUUUCAUUCACUCCAGCACAUGUCUACUAAAUGCAGACAUGGGCAAGGCACUGAGGAUACCAGUUAAUUUGGCCUCUUCUGUUAUGGUCUCCUGGGACCAUGACAUAGAAGCCAUGGAUGUAAAGAUAAAUAGAAUUUAGUCAGACAGAGAUGGGAGGUGGUAAGAAACCAUGGGAGUGGCUGAGAAGGGUGGUAAGAUACAGAGGGAGACAGUGAGUCAUAUGAAUUUAGGAACUGCCUGGAUGGUAGAGGCCUAGGAGGAGCUACGAAUCCCCUGAGAAAGGGAAGGGUGAGGAAAGAACAGGAAACACAGAGAGGUGCAGUAGCAGGAAGUCAGCCCUGAGUUCAGGCUUGGACCUGUUGAUACAAAAUGCCAAGUUCAUUUAUGAUGACCGUGUAGACUGCUAUGAGGGCCAGAAUCUGAAGCGAGGAAGGCUAGGUUAUAGUAAGACUGGCUCUGUUUUUAGGUUUGUCUGAUGAAUUCCAGUAUAAGAUGAUUUGGUACAGAGCCCAGUGUCUAUUGAAAAGGGGAGUUUUGUUCUUGACGUGAACACAAAUUUAUAAAACAAAUAUGAGAUGAUUCACAUGACAAAAGGACGGUAUCUUUAUAAAAGAGCCAUCACACAGAUGACAUCCAUGGGCCAGCUCACCCAGUGCAGUGAAACACUUCUUUACAGACCAGCACUCUGUCCUCCAUUUGCCGUUUUGUGUCUUAAGUCGCUGUUUUUAAGAUGAGAAUUAAGAAAAAGAAGUAGAAUGCUUUUCUUUUUAAAUUCAGUUGCUGCAUAAGCUUCCUUGUAUAUUCCCACCCCCUUGGAAGAUGAAUGGAAGCAAAAUUAACCUUAUAUCUAUAAUUAGAUUGCAUAUUUGUCAUUCAGAGCUGAAGUGUUUUUAUAACAUAAGACAUAACAAUGGUGUAUUAAGUACAAAAACAUCUGAGUGUGUCAAAUAUAAGUUCUGUGGCAGUAGAGAGCCUGUUAGUGGUGUGUCCAUUGUAUAUUAUUGUAUAAAAAAGCUACAGGCACUGAAUAGACAUAAGUGGUCGUGAGGUUUAUUAUUUAGGGUAGGGGAAAGACAACUAUUUAAUUUCCUGCAACAUUGAGUAUCAUGUCAUUCCUAAUCCUUCAUGAGUGCUUUUUGUUUGAAGGUCUGCAAACCACUCAAAAUGGCCGAUUCUACGCCAUCUCUGCACGGUUCAAACCAUUUAGCAAUAAAGGGAAGACACUGGUCAUUCAGUACACAGUGAAACACGAGCAGAAGAUGGACUGUGGAGGGGGCUACAUUAAGGUUUUCCCUGCAGACGUGGAUCAGAAGAACCUGAAUGGAAAAUCCCAGUACUAUAUUAUGUUUGGACCCGAUAUUUGUGGAUUUGAUAUCAAGCAAGUUCAUGUUAUUUUACAUUUCAAGAAUCAGUAUCACUCAAACAAGAAACCUAUCAGGUGUAAGGUUGAUGGCUUUACACACCUCUACACUCUGAUCUUAAGACCAGAUCUGACUUAUGAAGUGAAAAUUGAUGGCCAAGCAAUUGAAUCUGGCAGCAUCGAGUAUGACUGGAACUUAACAUCACUGAAGAAGAUGGAGAAGUCUUUAGCAGAGUCCAAGGACAGGGAACAGGGGAGAGAGGACAAACUCCAGGACUGGGAGAAGCAUUUUCUGGAUGCUGGUGCCAGCAAACCGAGUGACUGGAACAGCGAACUGGAUGGGGACUGGCAGGCUCCCAUGCUGCAGAAGCCUCCCUACCAGGACGGCCUGAAACCAGAGGGUAUAGAGAAGGACGUUUGGCUCCAUCAAAAGAUGAAAAACACCAACUAUUUGACCGAAUAUGACCUCUCAGAAUUUGAAAACAUUGGUGCUAUUGGGCUGGAGCUUUGGCAGGUGAGAUCUGGAACCAUCUUCGAUAACUUUCUGAUAACAGAUGAUGAAGAGUAUGCUGAGAAUUUUGGCAAGGCCACCUGGGUUGAAACCAAGGGCCCAGAAAGGGAGAUGGACGAUGUCCAGGCCAAGGAGGAACUGAAGAGGGCCCGUGAGGAAGAUGAGGAGGAACUGCUGAUGGACAAGUUUGAUGGGAAUGAAAAUGUCUUCAAGAGAUUUCAUAGGAGGAAUGAACUUUAGUCAUUGCCACCCAGAUAAAGACGACUGGUAAAACCUUGCUUCUACUUUAAUCUGCAUAUAAAAGCUCAAAUGUCUAUCUAUGUGGUAAUUUGUCCAGUUUUCCUUGAGAAAUGUUCCUAUGCUUCUCAGUGGUUUUCCCCAAGUCCCUGCCCCUGUGCACGAGAUAUUUCCUCUUGACAAAGCUGAGUUGCUGGAAGCCAGAGGCCAGUGAGAGUCCGGCCAAAAAACAUGAUGCUCUUUUCUUAACCCCCAAAAUGUUUUAUAAAUAAAAGUCAGUAAAACUUACUUU